AUGUCAGUAAAUCCAGCCAACCCUCCACGACCCGCUCUCUAUGCAACAGACGAAGCUGGUUUUGCAUAUAUUACAACCUUUGAAAGAUGGCCAGUAAUCGUGACAAAAAUUGUCGACGAUGUUUAUAAAACUCGUCAUUCACUUGACCUUUCAGAGGUUGAUAAACUUAAAGAGGGCAAAGAAAUUAUUGAUUCUAUAGGAGAAUUGAAAUAUCAAAUGCAACGGAAGAGGCCGUUGAUUCCAAUCGAAGAUGACGGAGAGUCAGAUAUUGGCACUUGGACACAUGUCUUCAACACUUAUUUCAAAGAUGAAAACUGGUAUUCUGCAACUUGGCUGUUCACAGAAUGUUACUUGUAUCGUCGAAUUCGUUCUAUAUUUGCAAGAACUAAACAUUGGAAAGAUUACGAUCCUUUUUUUCGUCAAAAAGAAGAUACUUUUAAAGCAUCAUUUAAUGCAGUUAUCGAAAUCGCGAAACGUAUUGACGAGUUAGUCUAUAUUCCAAAAUUACACGCAGAUAAUGAGAAAAUAGAUACAAGAAGAAUUAUUUUCCAUGAACUUGUCCAAAUAUCACUUUGGGGCAAUGCCACAGAUUUAUCUUUACUUACUAAUCUUAGCAAUGAUGAUAUUAGAAAAUUGCAAGAUAUCGGAACAAAGAAGUUAGAAGAAUUAGAGAAAAAUAUUUUAGCGAAUGAUUUAGAAAAAGCAUGGAAUUAUUUAUCAGAAAAUAGUAAUGUUAGAAUUGAUAUUAUUUUGGAUAAUUCAGGAUUCGAAUUAUACGCAGAUUUAGUUUUGUCAGACUGGCUAAUCCAAUCUGGAUACGCAAGAGAGGUUCAUUUACACGCUAAAAAUUUUCCAUGGUUUGUUUCAGAUACGACGCAGAAUGAUUUCAAUUGGCUCCUCCAAACACUUAAGAGUGAAGAUUUCUUUUCAUCAGCCACCGAAAUGGAAAGAUCAUUUCUCAAAAAAUUUUCAAAUCGUUUGCAAUCUCACGUUACUGAUUCGCGAUUAAUCCUUACUUCUGAUUAUUUUUGGACAUCACCAUACGCUUAUUGGCACCUGGCAGAGCAAGCACCUGAUUUGUAUGCAGAUUUGUGUACAUCUAAUCUUGUAAUAUUUAAGGGAGACCUUAAUUAUAGGAAAUUGGUAUACGAUUGUAAAUGGAAAACUACUAUGACAUUUAAUGAGGCUAUUGGACCAUUAGCAAGCAUGAAAGGUUCACCACUCAUACUUGCCUUACGAACGAAUAAGGCAGAUGUUAUUGUUGGACUUGAAGAAGGAAUCGAGGAAAGAUUGACUGUUAAUGAAAAUGAUUGGAUGUAUUCCGGAAAAUAUGCUUCAAUAAUGGUGGAUGUUGAGCUUGAAGGCAAACUUAAAGAUGAAAUACUGUCGCCAUACCUACAAAAAAAAGUAAUCGAGUUCAUAGAGAGUGGUCUUUUCAAGCAUUAUUCGUCUGCUUCUGCCGUACAAGAUAAACUAAAGAAAUUAGAAACUGAAAACCAAAAAUUAGCAAGAUCAUUAGUAAAGUCGAAUAAUGAACUUAAAUCUUUCUGUAUAAAGAUCGUAAGAGCAAAGAAAGCAAAGCAGGAAUAUAUUUCUAAAAUUCGGACAACUUCUCUUUCAGCAGCAGCAGAAUGUACUAAAGCAAUGAUAAGUUUUCUUACUGGUGAAACGCCAGACCAUUGGCUAUCAAAAGGAACUCUUUCUCGUGUAAUGGCUGAUGAGAGUACAAGAGGAGAUAAGGUGUUUUUAGUUUGUUUUUCGUAUUGGGAUGCAUAUAAAAAUCAACCAAUGAUUACUCUCGUGAAAAUGAUAGACCUAAAUAAAUAUAGUAGCAAAAAUGUGUUAGUUGUAUUUGAAAAUACUGCAUUUGGAAAAUUAAACACAGUGUCAGGACUAUCUUUGCGAGAACAUCCUUAUAAUCUUCUUCAACUUGUUUACUAUCUACAUGAUGGUUAUAGCGAAAGUAAUAAAGACUUAUUAGAAAAUAAUACAUUUAAAUGCCUUCUUUCUGGACACCACACAUAUGAACUUACUAAUCAAGUUCUGUUUUGGCUUGGUGAACUACAAAGUGCAAUUAAUGACCCCUAUAUUAUUUUUGAGGAACAAAUUAUUGAAGCACGUUCAAAUUUAUGUGAUCAGGAACUUACUGCUUUAAUAAAUAAUUUAAAAUCUGGUUUAGAAAAGACACGAGAAGGAUUUUUAAAAAGUAAUGGUCCUGAUUUUGCACGAAGUGUUUGCUAUGUUUUUUUGGACCGACCAUUAAAUGUUGAACUGACAGAAAAAGAACUUCAAUAUACUGAAUUGCUAAAGAAAGACAAGUUAGAAGGAAAUAUUCAAUC